CCGGGACAGACUCUCUGGCGUGUGGUCUUCGAGAUUCAGUUUGCGAUUGUGAAUUUCAAGAAGAAAUAUCGUGUGUUUCCACAAGAAGAUUGGCAAGAUCCGCGUGGUGGUCCGGCCAGACGUUAUAAAGCAGAUGUAAUGAACAGUGCUGCAUCCAGCAGUCUCUGCAAUGUCUUGCGCCAAGAUUCCAUUCAUAUUUCUAGCAACGCUAGGACUACAAAUCACAGUAACGCCCCCGCAUCCCCCUCCCAGUAGCAGCGAAAAAGCACCGUCAACAGGCCUGGAGUUUAUCGUACAACAACGGCUUGGCCCCUUGCUAGUAAAGAUAAUUUGUUGGCUAGGAGCAAUCGCCGAGACGACAGUAAUUGUCACUCGCUCAGUCCCCGAAAAUGAUCUGUCUCGCAGCGUACUUUCAGCCUUGGUUAUCACCGGAAGCGCUGACCAGAUACGCAUAACGCCGCACUUCUUGCUGGGCAUUUUCCUAACCACUCUUGGGGGAUACAUUCGGUACCGCUGUUACAAGGAACUGGGAAGACUCUUUACAUUUGAGAUGAGCAUCAGGGAAGGCCACGAAUUGAUUCGUACGGGUCCGUACGCUAUAGUCCGGCACCCGGGCUACUCUGGCGUAAUAUGUGCGAUCCUGGGUAUCGUACUAUGGCACGCUUCAUCCGGCUCCUGGACACGAACCUGUGGAGCUCUAGAAAUAACGUCCUGUCGACUCUUGGCCCUCACUUUUCUCACUCUGGUCACGAUCAUAGUUGUGGGGCUCUUGAGACGUAUGCCGAAGGAGGAUGAAGCGCUGAAGAAGGAAUUCCCAGAAGAGUGGGCUGAUUGGGCUGAAAAGGUUCCUUGUAGAUUGCUACCUGGCGUGUACUAAUAAUUUAUCAUCCGCGGAAGUAGAUGAGUUUAAACACUGUUCACCUUUG